GCAUGCGCGGUGCUGGGCGCUAGACGGCAGCGGCGAUGGCUCCGCAGUGACGGUUGGAUCUAACGGUUGCUACUGACAUUGCGGCGCGGAUCGGGCGGCGGAUCCUGCCCCGCGAGCGGAGCUCGCCCCGCGGCCGCGCAGCCAGGAGCCACCGGCCCCGCGGAGGAGGCCGCGGCGGCGGCGCCGCGGUGAUGCGGUCGCGCUGAGGCCCAGGUGCAUCCGCCUCCCUCCCCCGCCGCCGGAUCGGGCAGCGCGGCCCGGCCCGCCGCCGCCCUGAGCUGGCUUCGCGGUUCCUCCCUGCGGCCGCCGCCAUGCCGGGCCGCCGCUGAGGCGCGGCCCGCAGCGGCCGAGGAAGCGUCCGCUCGGAGAGGAGCAGGGCCCGGGGGAGGGCGGCCCGGCAUGGCCCGCAGCCUGGAGUAGCGCCGCCGCCGCCGCCUCCCUGCGCUGUGCGGCUGCGGGCGGGCCGAGGCCGCUGCUCGGGAGCGAGGCCCCGCUGGAGGCGGAGGAGGAGCCAGCGCGGCCCCUCUGACAGGGCCGCCGCGGCCUCCGCGCUGCCGCCGCCGCCGCGCGGCUCCAGGUGGCCCCGGACCAAGGUGACACCCGGCCUGCCCCCGCCCCGGGGCCACCUGCCCCCUCGGCCGGCGGCACGGACUCGGCGCCGCGCUUUCUUCUCACCCCGGAGCCGGCGGCGUGCGAGCGGCUGCGAUGAACCCGGUGAAUGCCACUGCUCUCUACGUUUCAGCGAGCCGCCUGGUGCUCAACUACGACCCUGGGGAUCCCCAGUCCUUUACAGAGAUUAACAAGCUCCUGCCCUACUUCAGGCAGUCCCUCUCCUGCUGCGUUUGCGGAAAUUUGCUACAAGACCCUAUUGCUCCUACCAACUCCACAUGUCAGCAUUAUGUCUGCAAAACUUGUAAAGGCAAGAAGAUGAUGAUGAAACCAUCAUGUAGCUGGUGCAAGGACUAUGAACAGUUUGAGGAGAAUAAGCAACUAAGCAUCUUAGUGAACUGCUAUAAGAAACUCUGCGAAUACAUAACGCAAACUCCACUGGCACGAGAUAUUAUCCAAGCAGUUGAUUGUUCUGCAGAUCUUUUGGCUUUGCUCAAAGAUGGAUCACCACUCCAUGAAGAGACAGAAAAAUCUUCUGAUACAGCCUUGGCUUUGUGUUUGACACAUUCCCCAGUACCUUCAACCUCAGAACUCACAACUGAUCCUCCAGCUAGUUUUACAUCAAUACCUGAAAGCACACACAACAUUGAUAUUAGAGGUUCUGUUAUCAACGGGUUGCCCAAUUGUAAUGGGCUUUCAGUAGAUAAACUUGGAGUGAAUAUUCCUUCUCCUGAACACACAAACACAAUUGAUGUCUGUAGUACUGGAGAGUAUAUAAAAACUGAAGAUAUCUCUAGCAGCCUGCAGCCUGUGUGCGAUACAGUUUCUACUAGUGACUUGUGUACGACAGGCAUUGACAUCUGCAGUUUCAGUGAAGAUAUAAAACCAGGUGGCUCGCUUCUCCUUAGCGUCGAGGAAGUUCUCCGGAGCUUAGAGACCGUUUCAAAUACUGAAGUCUGUGAUUCUAAUUUGCAGCCCAGCUUGGAAGCAAACAUGACUAAUGGCCCUUUCCUUCAGCUUUCUCCCCCACCUCUUAGCCAUAACAUUUUCAUGUCCACAGAUGCUUCUCCUCACGGAAUCUCCUGUACAGCGGCGACGCCUAAGGUGGUUAAGUUAAACAGAAAGCGAUCUCGAUCAGAAAGUGACAGUGAAAAGGUUCAACCUCUACCCAUUUCCAGCAUCAUCUGUGGCCCAACACUGGGAGCAUCAGCUCCUGUAACAGUGAAACAGGAAAAUAAAAUGUCUUUGCAGCCUAUUGCAACUGUACCUAAUGGAGGCACUACUCCCAAAAUAAGUAAAACUGUGCUGCUGUCUAACAAAAGCAUGAAAAAGAAUUUAGAACAUGCCCCUAAGAAAUCUCACCCGAAAGCCAAACCAGGGGUGCUGAAAACAAAAGACAAAGCAAAGGAGAAAGUUCCUAGCAGUAACGUUAUGCCAGGAAGCCCAACAAAAACUGUGUAUAAAAAGCCACAAGAAAAGAAAGGGUGUAAAUGUGGUCGUGCCACCCAAAAUCCAAGUGUUCUUACAUGCCGUGGCCAACGCUGCCCUUGCUAUUCUAACCGCAAAGCCUGCCUUGACUGCAUAUGCCGUGGCUGCCAAAACUCAUACAUGGCUAAUGGGGAGAAGAAGCUGGAGGCAUUUGCAGUGCCAGAAAAGGCCUUGGAGCAGACUAGGCUUACUUUGGGCAUUAAUGUGACAAGCAUUGCAGUGCGCAAUGCCAGCACAAGCACCAGUGUAAUCAAUGUGACAGGGUCACCAGUAACUACGUUUUUAGCUGCCAGUACACAUGAUGAUAAAAGUUUGGAUGAAGCUAUAGACAUGAGAUAUGACUGUUGAAUCUUUCUUUCUUUUCCCUGCCAUCAGUAGGGGAACUGCUACAGUUUUAAGGCAGCUAUGGUUCUGUUUAACUUGCUGGAGCUCCUGCAUUUAGAUCACUUGUAUCAAGUGUUUUUCAUUGCUAUGUUAUGUGUAUUAGUGUCUGGGAAAUAGUUGCAGAUAAUGGAGGAGUUACCCUAAAACUGUUUUUAGUUCUUACAGCACCUCACAGUCUGAGAUCAAUUGCUGAUGUAAAUGAUUUUAUCACAAGAUUUUUGGCAAAGAAUACAUUAACCUCAUUGUACUCGGUCAUGCUUUGUGCUCAGUCAAAGCUUCUACUUAAAUGUGGAAAGGUGGUAUCUAGUUAGUCCAUCUAAACUGUGGUAGAUUAUGAUGUAGAAAAGUAAUUAUCGAUUAGUUACAGUCACCAUUACUAGAAAAUCGCCUAAUGUUCCUGUAGGAAAUGCAGCACUGAGCUGGGGAAUACAGUCUGAAAAGGGUAGAUAAUUUCCAAUGGUGAGAAUUGGCUACCUACUCUAUGGAACAGUUUAAAAAAGUUUAGUAAUAUACUGAGAAAGCUAGUAGCCCAGAAAGCAGCUCAGUCUCCAGACAAGGGUCAGGAAGAUCAGUGGUUAGAUAUGAACGUCAGACUGCUGACCCGGAUACGUUGUCCCCGUUAACAACGUCACUCUCUUUUUUGUUUUCUUGACAAUUCCACUGGUCAUGUUCCCUGACUAUUUUGGCUGGGGCAAGAAAAUUACUUGUACACAAAGUUUUAUUAGCACCAUUCUCUCCCACCUACCCCUUCCUUUUUUUUUUCUGGAGUUCCUGGUGAUUUUAUUGCUGUUGCUUCUAGAAAAGAGAGGGUUUUGUGGGCUACAGAGAGACUCCUUGGCUGAUUUUUCUCCCCCCUCUGCUGAUCAGUGCCUGGGAUACACAGAGACUUUCACAGCAGUUACGACCAUUGGGGGUGAUUUGUUUGUUUGUUUGUUUGAUGAAGUUUGUACCGCAAUAGACCUGGGACCCAUCCCCCUGAGGGUAGUUCUUCGCUGACAGGCAUCUUUCAGCUGGGGCAGAGGAUGGAUUGCUAUCUAAGGUCAAAUAUUUCAGAUGUUUGUUAGACACAAUAAGUGAUACAACUCACUCCACCCAGAAUCUGUCUAAUUUUCACUAAUAUGUUGAAAGUAGCUUUCGAAGGUUAGUGCUUUUCAACCUGGGCUGAAAGGCUCUAAAAUGGAAAAAUAACACAAAGUUGUCAAAGAGCUUAUCUCAGAAAGUGUUAAAAUGAAGGCGCCUUUAUAGGAAUUCAGCUUUAUGCAAAAAUGGUUUAUUUCAGCGCAACCCCUAAAUAUGAGUACAAGCGGAAGAAUUUAGUCUUGCAUUUAGGGCUUCACUGGCAGCCUAAAAAAGUUGGAUUACUUCAUGAAAGCAGAAAUUUCUCCUCUUUGAAUGAUAUAGCACAAAUUAAACAUGGGCUGACUAGAACACAAAACAUUACCUUCUAAUUUAAAAGGCUAUUCCUGUUUCAACAGUAUGUUAAACAGGAUGUGAAUUUUUUGAGUUACUUUACUGCUUCCAUCUUUCCUUUUAUUCAUCUAAUGAACCCUGCAGCGCUUUCCGACCUAACAUUAGGUGUAUUUUGAUUUGGCACAAAGCAUGUACAAUGAUGGUUCCUCACCUAAGAAAUAAGCAAAAACCUUUGGACACAAAUGACACCUCCUUUUGUUUUGUAGUGUACCAUGGUGUCAUUUUCUGUGAAUGUGGUCAGAUCUUUUUGUUGGUUUUGGUUUGUUUCUCCCCCCGUCUUUUUUGUGGGGUGGGUAGGGUGGGGGGUUAAAGCCAUAGGAAGAAAAAUGUGAUGUACGUGUCCAGUCUGUACUUUUUUGUUUUUGUUUUGCAAGAAGAGUUGAAAAAUAUUUUUGAUAAUGAGUAAAUGGUGGAAAAUGCUUCUUAGUAUUCUUGUCUUUAUUUGCCAACCCAAGUACCUAAGAUCUGUGUUUUUUAGCCCUCAUGAGAUUUAACGAUGUCCUAUUAAAAUGUAUUUAGUUAAACUUGUAUGUUUUUGUGUUGACCCAAAAGGAUCCUACCAUUUUCUAAUUUGGUGGUUUGAUCGUGACCUACUAAUGUAAAUCUGUUUAUUAGUUCACUACGUGUAAGAAAAGUAGCCAAACCGGAGUCUGAUUUAAGGGGAGUAAACUGCACAGCAUGGGUUGUUUCUGAAUGCUUUUGCAGAGCUGUUAAGUUUUGCUGAGAUUGUUGAUGGUACAUUUAUUAGGACUUUCAUUAAAUUAAAUACAUAGUACCUUUGCUCCAGAAAUGUGGGAGUACUUGGAAUCUGUACUAUCUCACUGCUGCGUUAAAUAUGGUACCAAAAGUUGGAGAAUUUAGGUCAAGUGUGUUUUGGAACCGUCGACAGGAGAGCCCUGAUCACUGAUGUAAAAUUGCAAAUGGUAGAUUCAGGUUGUUUCUAAAAACAUUUCCUUUUAUGCUGCCACGUUCUUGAAAUGUAUAUUAAAAUUCAAAUUGAUUUAAUAAAUGUUAGUUUUCUAAUUCUA